CUCUAUCCAGAGAGCACAACUCUGCCUGCCCACUCCAAUCGAAGAAUCAAAAUUUCUUUGGUUCCAUCUAUCUCAGUGGUCGCUGGGGCUAGCGUGAGUGGAAGAGAGAGAGCAAAAUGGCUUGCAAUGUAAACGUAGUCCACCAAGCAGCAAUGGCGUCAGCCAUAGGCCAGCCUAACAAGCCUUCUCAGCGGCCGAACGCAUCUCUGUCCGCGCCAUCCAAUUCAAAGCCCAAAUCUUGUUGUAAGCUUCUUUUGUCCUCACAGUCUUCUUUCAUUUCCGGUUUCUCUCCCUCUCGUCCUCAAACCCUAACUCCGUUUCGUUCCAGCAGAGCUCAGAAUUUCCCGGUUGUGGGGUCUGCCAAGGCAGAGCCGCUGAGAAUAAUGAUAUCGGGGGCGCCAGCUUCUGGUAAAGGAACGCAAUGCCAGCUCAUUACCCAGAAGUAUGGUUUAGUGCAUGUUGCUGCUGGAGAUUUACUUAGAGCAGAGAUUGCAUCUGGGAGUGAAAAUGGAAGGCGUGCAAGAGAGUACAUGGAACAAGGACAAUUGGUUCCAGAUGAAAUAGUUGUCAUGAUGGUGAAGGAGCGUCUAUUGCAGCCAGAUUCUAAAGAAAAUGGUUGGCUUUUGGAUGGAUACCCUAGGAGCUCAUCGCAAGCAAUUGCUCUUAAGGAAUUAGGGUUUAAGCCGGAUCUUUUCAUUCUUCUAGAAGUCCCUGAAGAGAUUCUUGUUGAGAGAGUUGUUGGAAGAAGGUUAGAUCCUAUUACUGGGAAGAUAUACCAUUUAAAGUAUUCUCCGCCAGAGACCCAAGAGAUUGCGUCAAGGCUCACCCAACGUUUUGAUGAUACAGAAGAAAAGGUGAAAUUGCGAUUGAACACUCAUCAUCAGAAUGUGGAGGCCGUACUUUCAAUGUAUGAAGACAUAACAAUUAAGGUUAAUGGAAGUGUUAACAAGGAGGAUGUGUUUACCCAAAUUGACAGUGCGCUCACCCGACUACUUGAUAAAAGACAGGCUACUUCAGAAUCUCUGCCAGCAUAGGUGUAGAGAAUGGUUUAGGCUCCCAUUUUUACAAGUGUUCUAGAAAAGUUAAGUCAAUAAUUUGUGCACAAUUUGAUUGUUUGGCUGCGAUUGCAACCUACUGCAUAGGAGAAGAGAACUUGUGCAUGUCCGGGUCUGCCAAAAGGGAAAAAUAGUUACAUUUAGGGGUGGGCAUCGGGACUUGAAAACUGGAACACCGAACCGAAUCGGUGAAAAAAAACCG